ACCCAAGUCCAGAGGACUCCCCCUCCCUCCGAUACCAUGCAUAUUUGGUUUUGGUGGGGGUUCCUUUCUCGGUGUGGGCAGCGGCACCAGCCCCCGCCUUCUUUCAUCCCGUUCUGAUCCGGAGCUCUUCAAGGAGGGAAAUGCGGGCAAGCAGCGGUCGCCUUAAACUCGGUUGCAAGGAGACACCCACCCACCUCGUGGAAAUGGAAAUUGGUCAAAGCUGGACCGGUUUGGUUGCCGGCUGUGCUAAUAUUGUCAUGAAGCCUCCGUCUCCUGGCCAAUCAAUUCCUUAUCGCAACUAUCACACCUCAAGCCACCGCUUUGCCGCCCGCUGCAUUGUAUUUUGACGCCUUCACACCCCGGGUCCCGAUCCGGGUUGGGAAGACUUUUGCACAAGGCUAGAGCUGGCUGUGCUCUCGUCUGCCGCGUCACUGCGUUUCUGAGAAGGAUGACAUCUUUGCUCUGGCCGGUUUGCUUGACUCGGACUGUCAUCAUGUCCAAAUCCCAUUAAAUUGCGGCCCUCUUCUUACCCUCGUUUUCUGUUGUUCACAUGCGCUGACAUUCUAGACGGGCGGCGACCUGAUUCACAUGGAAAGGAUGGCAGCUCCAAUCUUGACGCGUGCCGAUGUCACCCUUGAUAAAGCUGAUAUCGCUUGGCUGAUGAUAUGCUCAGCUCUUGUUUUUCUUAUGGUUAUAUCGAUCUCUAUGGUUUACUCUGGGCUUGGAAGCCGGUUGUUCGCCAUCACCUUGUUCAAACAGCCCCUGCUCACUGGUGCUAUGAUAUCUUUCCAGUGGUACUUAUGGGGUUACGCCUUGACAUUUACUCCUGGAAACACUUGGUUCGGCAGCCUGUCAACGGCAAAUGGUCUACAGAUGUCGCCCAGCGAUGUCUACUCAACCAACCAAGGGUCAUCAGUCACGACCAGUGAAGGGCCAUCCGUCCAGCAUCUUCCAGAGCUAGCCUUUGCCCUCUUUCAGGGCAUGUUUGCAGCUUUUACUGCUGCUCUCAUCUGCGCAGGCACAAUGCAAAAGAUGCACUCAGCAAGGUACCUACUUUUCGUCAGUGUAUGGUCAGCUGUAAUCUACAGUCCAAUUGCUCGGUGGUCUUGGUACAGCGAGGGCUGGUCUCACCAACUGGGCAGUAUGGACUUUGCUGGCGGCACCCCAGUGCACAUAGCGAGCGGCGCCGCUGUUGCCGCCAUGUCUAUUUUUUACUUCUUUGAGUCCAACGGGUGGCAAAGGGCCUACUUGCACCUAUCAAGUGUUACGAAAAAACGUAUCAAUGAAAACCUCCCAUGGGCAGCGGCCAUGUGGGUCAAAAGCUGGUUGUUCAACACCUCACCAUGGCUCCCAGAGUACAAACAGACCGACAUCAUUCCAGGAAGGGAUUACGAAGUAUACGACGUCAACCAAGCAAUCUUUGGGACUGGGUUACUUUGGUUUGGCUGGUUCGGUUUCAAUGGGGGUUCAGCACUUGGGGCAAACAGCCGGGCCGUAUCUGCAUGCUUGGCCACACACGUGGCAGCUUGCACUGGCGGUACUACCACUGUGUUCCUUCACUGGGUUCUAAAACAGAUAUACAUGAGGAGCGCCGAUUAUGAGCCGCGCGAGUUUAGGAGGCUCACUGCCGUGCACUUCUGCGAUGGGGCUAUCGCUGGGCUUGUAGCCAUCACGCCAGGAAGCGGUUAUGUUCCUGUUUCUACGUCGGCUAUAUUCGGCAUUGUCUCAAGUUUUGUCGUGUACAUGUUGAAACCCCUCACUUCUGAUUAUCUCCCAGAUGACGAGCUCAAAGUGUUUCUCAUACACACCGUUAGUGGUUUCAUCGGAAUGUUUCUGACUGGGUGUUUCGCGAGUCAAGAAGUUGUUGAAUCGGACGGCUUCUCCAUAUUGACGACAGCAUCGGUGUCUGAACGUCUCGGAAAUCAAAUGAAGGAUGCCUUCGCCGGGCUUGGCUACAGCUUCUCCGGCACCAUUAUAAUUCUAAUGAUCGGCAGAUCUAUCAUGUUCGCAGUGAAAUGGAUGCGAUCAGAUAAGACAAAGAAACGGGCUGCUAACGCUUGGAGCGAGGCUAACAUCUUCAAAUUUGGAACGGAUGGAAGUCCGGCAAUCCAAGACCGCCUGCGGGCACGGGAGCGUCAUACAUGGGAAGAUGAUGCGAUGGAAGGUGGCAUUCCCCUCAGGACACCUGACAACGAUCGUGGCCCAUCACCAAGGCAGUGGAACCGAAUGGAGUGAGCCGAAAGUUGGAGUUUGGGCAGAGUGCAGAAAGUGGUUCGGCGAAUGAUGAUUCUAAGCAGAUAAAGGCGUUUAAUGUAUGAUUAGAAAUGGAGGUCAUUGUUUGAAUCAAAAGUCUUGAAUGGCUCACGAGAGACGACCACGAUCUGAGCAUCAUUUUGAGACG